AUGACGAUCCACUACAUCCCCUCGGUGCUGCUGGGGCCCCAGGCCCGCGAGAGCUUCCGCAACUCGCGCCUGCAGGCCCACAACUCCGUCAUCGGCGUGCCCAUCCGCGAGACGCCCAUCCUGGAUGACUACGAGGAUGAGGAGGAGGAGGAGACGCCGCGGCGGGCAGAGCCCAGCGCCAGGGAGGAUGAGUUUGGCAGCCAGGUGACGAGGACGCUGGAGAGCCUGGGCAGGGCAGGGGAGGAGAAGCCUGAUUACGAGAAGAAAGCUCCCGAGGUGACGCAGGAGACGGUGGAGUCGCUGAUGCAGAAGUUCAAGGAGAGCUUCCGCACCAACACGCCCAUUGAGAUCGGGCAGCUGCAGCCCGCGCUGCGCAGCACCUCCGUGGGCAGACGGAAACGCCGCAGCCGGCCCCGAGGUGGGAUCGGGUUUGGACGUGCCAAAGGCAACUCUGGCUCGGAGGCAGACGAUGAAACCCAGCUCACCUUCUACACGGAGCAGUACCGGAGCCGGAGGCGAAGCAAAG